AUGUAGUCUUUAACUCGUCCCUAAUAGCAAUUAUAAGAGAUUUUGAAAUAGAAUAAUAAAAAGAUGUAUAGAUAAUAGUAAUUAGUAGUAGUGUGAGUAAAAGUAAUGUGAAAUUAAGUCAAUCCUUUAAUCCAAAUGGUUUAAAGAGUUAGAGUCCAACUCAUAAAUCGAAUUAGAGUACUGGAUUAUAGGGGAUUGAUUUGAAAUAAAUACAAAGAGGUUAGGGAUAAGUGUAAUAUGGAAAAUAAUAUAAAAAGGAAUUAUUGAAAUUAAUGACUAGUCAUUAGUAAAUAUCUUCUUAGAAAUAAAAUCAGAAAAAUAAUAAUUCAGAUACAUUGAAUAAUUUAAAGACUAUUGCUACAACAGAUACAAGAAGAACCACUUCUAAUUAACUUUAGAAAUCAUUCAUCUCGAUAAUUAAAAAAAACUAAAGUAUUUUAAGUGUAGUAAACUAAAUUGUUAUAGUGGUUCAUUAUAUGAAUAAGGAAUAUAGAUUUACAAUAGAUUCAUAAAAAAGUACAGGUUAAAUGAUGGAAUAUUUGAAAUAAGAAAUGAUAAAAUAUUCAGUAAAUUAAUAUUCAUCAACUGGAUCUUAAAAGGACGAAAUGAAAAUUAUUAUUGGAGUAGAUAAUUAAAAUAAAGAUAUAGAAAUUGUAAACUUUCAUACUGUUGAUAAGAAUUUGCCAAUUGAUUUUUACUUAUAAUAAUUAGAUAAACCUUUGGAUAUAUUUAAUGGAUAAACAUUAAAUUUAUAACCAUUCUAUAGUAUACCUUAAGGAUAGUAAAUAACUUUGAAAGACUUUAUUUUUAUAAAAUGUAUAGGAAUAGGGGGAUUUUCAAGAGUGUAUCUUGUUAAAAUGAAAUAGGAUGGAAGAUUUUAUGCGAUAAAAUUAAUAGAUAAAUAAUUUAUUCUAAAAUAUAAAAAAUAAGGUAGAUGAUAAAAUUAAUAAUUUUAGGUAUUGUUUAAAAUGAAAGAGAUAUAAUGACAGUAUUAGAUCAUCCAUUUAUAAAUAAGUUAAUGUUUGCUUUUGAAUCUAAGAAUUUCAUAGUUUUUGUUUUAGAAUUUUGUAGCGGUGGAGAAUUAUUUUGGUAAUUAAGAUAAGUAAAAAGAAUGACUGAAGAAUAAGCAAGAUUUUAUUUUGCUGAAAUAUGUUUAGCAAUGUGUUAUUUACAUUCAUUAUCUGUUGUUUAUAGAGAUAUAAAACCAGAAAAUAUUUUAAUAGAUAUGGAUGGACAUAUUAGAAUAGCUGAUUUUGGAUUAUCAAAACCUAAUAUGUCAGAAGAAGAUUAUGCAUAUAGUUUUUGUGGUUCACCAGAAUAUAUGGCACCUGAAAUGUUAUUGAAAGUUGGUCAUAAUAUUUAAGUAGAUCAUUAUUGUUUAGGUGCUCUACUAUAUGAAUUAGUUAUUGGAUUACCACCGUAUUAUUCUAGAAAUACUGAAGAAAUUUAUUAAUCUAUUUUAACUGAAGAAUUAACAUUCCCAAAUUAAAUCAAUUUAACUGAUCAAAUCAAAGAUUUACUAUAAGGUCUCUUAUGCAAAAGACCUUCAGAUCGUUUAGGUUCUAAUCAUGGUUUAUAAGAAUUAAUGCUUCAUCCUUGGUUUUAAGAUUGUAAUUGGCUUUCAAUUUUAAAUAAAUAAAUUCAACCUCCAUUUAAACCUAAUUAAUUGUAAUUUCAUUAUGAUUCAAAUGAAUUACUUAAAGGAGAAUUAGAAACCAGAGAAAAAAUACUUGGAAAAACUGGUUUACUAUAAGAUAUCUAAAUUUUCAAGUCUUUCUAUUUUGAUUCUAAAAAAUAAAGAUAAAUGAAAAUAGAACAGAAUAAAGUUCUUAAAUACCAUUUUCAAAUGAUCUCAUCAAUCCAAAUGUAAUUGACUCAUAAGUAUAAUCCUUAAUAGAAUAUAUCAAAUAAUUAAUCUAAACCUUAAUUAUCAGGAUCUCGUUAUAUUAAUGAGAAAUAAAAAUUGAAUACAGAAUAACCAUAUUCUUUAUAAAAACGUAUAACAACUUAGUAUUAUUAUUUAAUUAGAUUUAUAGGUAAUCAUCUUUUGUUUAACCUUUUUAGACUAACACAUUGAAGAUUCCUUAAUAAUAAAAAAUGAUUGUUUUGAAAAGAAUAAAAUCUUAAAAUAAUUUUUUCAUAGAUAGAUUAAACACAUCUCCUUCAAGUAUGGGAUAUUAUUCAAAAGACAAUACAAAUUACAAAAUUUUACUAUAAAAAGGAAUAUCAACCAUUAAUUUAAAAGAAAGAGAAACCUCACUGAAAAAGAGAAAAAAAUGA